CACGCGGUGCUGUGCUGCCCAAAUUUGCGCUUGUCUGCAUUCCACCACUGCCACCGAGGAGAGACAUGCUCACAGCACGCAAGGACAAAGCCGCGUUUCUUACUCACUGACCCCCCGCUCCCCCCUCCCGUCCCUUGUGCAAAAAGACUUUAUCCUCUAAAAUUUAUCAUCCAGCUCAUCUACAAUUUGGAUGGACCACUCAGGGACCGCAGGGUUAAAUAGCUCAACCGUAGCCACCAGCUUUACGCAUGACUUCCCCGUGCGUGCCGCCUCGAGACCAGUACCCUGGUCACAUCGCUUUGAUGCAUGGAAUACCAAAAAUCACAGCUAAUUCAGACACAGACCGCGGAUCAGUUUUUAUUUUCCGUAUUAUCCCUGUAAGAAAGAGACGCUUAAAAUGGCAGGUGCGCGCGUUUUGGUUGGGUUGACUUGGAGGGCGAGGUGCUUAACCUCCCUCCUGCCAGUUCUGCAUGGUCAUGACCUGUCAUCACGCCCCUUCCACAGCCCACCUCAUCCUAUUGGUCCUGCUCAUUGUCACUCCACAGCUGGCUGGCACCGCCCCUGUGUGGGGUGAGGGAGGGGAGGGAGGGGUGGAGGGGCACACCCGGACAGACCAUAGAGAGGACAGCCUCGCCCCCUUUCUCUCGCCCCCACCCCAGAGUCUCUCCAACCCUGACAACGUGUCCCUAGACCGGGGCCGGGGCCCAGGUCAAGAUAACCAAUCAGAUAAAACGACGGACCCUGCGCAGGUGCUCGCUGUGCUUUUGGAGGCCCUGGACCACCCGGGGGAGAGUGGAAUCCAGGGGAGCAGAAACAGAGACUGGGAAGAGGAUCAGAGUCGGGAGCUGCCCUCCGUCGAAAGGUUGGAGGGUGGUGAGAUAAGGAGAACGGGGCAGACAGAGCCAGACAGGGGGGAGGAGCAGGAGAAGGAGGGGCAAAGGGCUGAUAAGGCUAUUGAACAGCUAAUUGUGGGCCAUUUGACAGCUGCUCAGGCUGAAGAUUUAAAGGAAAGAGAGGAGGAGGAUGAAAACACAAGGUCAGAGGAGAAUGCAGGGUGGUCUGUGGGACCUGAGCGUGUAAGUGAGGAGGGAAGGAAAGAAGAGAUAGAGGGACAGGAGAAGGGGAAAGAUUUAGAAAGUUUCUUAGACAUCGCCAGACUAAGUUCCACCUCACAGGGAGAUGAUCUCUCUCUGCAGCGCAAAAUAAGAGGCUACUUCCAAAACAUUGACUUGGGUCUCCAAGAUAAUGAGAUCCUGCCUCCUCUGAAGGGCUACAAGGCAUAUAACACUCAGCUAGCACGAGCAGGAAAGAAGCAGCACUGGCAGGAGAACCAGUCCCACAACAGACCCAUCAAGGGGGGCAACUUUAUGGAUGACUUUGAGGAUGAAGGAGAGGAGCUGGAGGAGGAGGUUGAGGAAGAAGAGGAGAGCCUCUCCCACAUGGAAGAGGAGGCAAGAGCGCGUGCAGAGAAACAGGAGGUGCUCCGGCAGCAGGAGGAGGCGGAGCGUGCCAGAGAGGAGGAGCAGAGGCUGGCUGACAUCGCCUCUGACAUGUUGCUGCAGUACAUGGGGAGGAAGCAGCAGUCCUACAUGAAGCCCCGGCAGAAAAGCAGCAUGGGAGCCGCUGGCAACACCGCCGAGGACAAGCGCUCCGAGGAGGUCCUCCCCGAUGAAGACGACCUGGACCAGCAAAUGAUCGACAGGCUCAUUGAGAUCAGCAGCAAGCUGCACCUGCCUGCGGAUGAUGUGAUUGAGAUUAUUAGUGAUGUGGAGGAGAAGAAGAAGAAAAGGAAAGAGCUGCAACAGCAGCCAAUCAACAGCAACCCUGUUGCCCCACGCUUCAGGCCUCUGGUACCUCCUCCUCUGGCUGCUCCGCCUAUCUACCACUACACAGCCUCAAAAAACCCCAAGAAAGCCCCUUAUAGGUACAACAAAUCCAACAAGAAAUGGCACAAGGACAAAGUCAAGUCAUAUAAGCAGGAAUAUUGGUAUAAGCCUCAGAAGCAGCUUGACUACUGGUAUAAACCCCAGAAACAGUUUUUAGCCUUCCCUUCCUAUCCAUACUACCAGAAGCCAUAUCGAGCAUACUACCCUGUUUAUUUCCCAUAUCCCAAACCACAAUAUUAUGGCAAGCCCCCCCCCUCCAGAGACCAGCCGUUCGGCCCCCAGGAACUUGACCUCCAGGCCCCAAGGCGCAGGCAUAGGGCUGGGGGUAAGAACCGUGGACAGGGCUGGAGGCAGCAACCAGCACCCCGACUGCCUCUCACCCCUUAUAUCUCUAACUAUAUCCUUCCUCACCCACGGACCUACCAACCCCUACCUCCCCCCAAACCAAUCACCACACCCAGGAGAGGCAGGCGACCCCCAUACUACUAUCCGCAAAUCACACCGGGAGAUGACUAUGAGGAAGAUGGGCUGGUACCUCAGCUGGACAGUGAGGAGGAACUGGAGAACUUUAUUGAGAGGAUCUACAUGAAGCGCAGAAUGUAUUGAGAGACCUUUUUGGGACAUUUUAUAGAUCAGAGGGACCGACAGAGGUGGGAUAGAUAUACAGUAGCUGGAGAAAAGCUAAAAGAGAGGUGAAAAAAAAGACUCAGAGGAGAUAUGUGUUUUGAGCCUGAUGGAAAUUUAAGGGACAAGAAGAAAAAAAGUUAGAUUUAUCUUGUUUUAAUCACUGUAUUUUUGUUGAUUUUCUCGGUCAGGGAGAGGAUGGAGGGGUCUCAGUUUAAACUCCCUGUAACCAUGUUCAGCCUCUUGCUCAGUUUACAUUUUUGAAACAGAACAUACCAUGGUGUAUGUCUGCCUCCAUUCAGGUCAAUCUCUGAUGCUCUUGCAUUAUUCAGAGAUUAUUAGAGGACACACACACAGGCACACCCACACUCUCCCCCACACACACACACACACACAUGCACACGCACGCACACACACACACGCCUACAUACAGUAUGAUCACAUUUUUGACACAUUCACAAGCAGACGUGCCCAUUGUAAGAGAACCAUGUUUACAACAUCACUUUGUAUUUUUGUUUUAUAUUCUGUAUGCCAUAUUACAAAACUAAAGUAGUUCAAUGACUUCUUAUCUACAGAACUAUAAAAAAAAAAAAGAACACUGCUAUUGUCAAAUGUUGACAGUAUAUUUUUGUUGUAUUUGAUGUGUGUAGACUACUGGUCAAAAGUUUUAGUACACUCCCAUUUUUUCCUGUUUUUAUUGAAAUUUCAGCAGUUCAAGUCCAACAACCCUAAACGCGACAAUGGAAGUAAAUGAAACAUUGAAAGUUAGUGCAAACAUUUCCUACAGGUUGAUGACUUCCAAACCCUCUGUCUGUGCAAACUGUGUUACUACACCCUCUGAUGCAUUAUUAGGACAAUAGUGUACUGCAGGAAGUAGUAGGCUCCUGUAUAUUACUACAGUUUAUUUGUUCUAUGCUUUACUUUCAGAAACACUGAGACAUUGUGUUUACACUAUGUAAAUUUCAGUUACAAGUGGAAAAAAUUGAGGUAUUCUAAAACCUUUGACCGGUAGUGUAGUUGCCUUUCUUAUUCCUGAUUGGAUCAACUUUAAACAGCUGCAAUUUGCAAAGGUGCCAAAUACACACAUUUCAGUUUUUCAAAGUCAAGAUUCAGAUUUUUGCCUUACAAGCACCAUGGUUCUAUAAGGGAGAUAUCAUAAUGCAUAAUAUUAUCAGCACUGCCGGUCCCAAUGUAGAAACCCUGUGGACUCCAAAAGCACAAACUUAAACACUAAACACUUCCAACCUGGUGGACUAAGGGUUUUCAAUCAUUUUGGGAUCCAGAAGUUGUUGUGUCAACAUAUUUAUAGCAGAGCCACAAUCGCCACCUCCACACAGUACUCCUUGCCCUUGUAGGAGUUCUUCAUAUAUAUAUAUAUAUAUAUAUAUAUAUAUAUAUAUAUAUAUAUAUACACACACACACACACACACACACACACACACACAUAUAUAUAUAUGUAUAUAUGUAUAUAUAUAUAUAUAUAUAUAUAUAUAUUUUUUUUUUUUUUUCUCUCAUUGGCCAUAUCCAGUUCACAUCUUUUCUCACAUAUUUUUUGUGUCUUCUCACAUUCUUCUUUUGCCAUUUUCCUUGUAUCAUAUCCAUUAGCUCAUUUCCCUUACGUUCCACGAAAAAAAGUACUUGAAAUCACACUAUCUGUUCUGCAGCCUUUUAAACAGAUCUCCACCAAGAGGCUACAAACAUUUUAUUCAUUUUCAGAAGAAUUUCAUUGAAAAGUUUCAGGCCGGGGAGUCAGGGAUUGUGCUUAAACCGUUAAAUGCACGUCUUUCUACUUGCAUCUUAAAAAAUGAACAAAAAAAAAAGAACAAAAAAAAGAGAAAAAAUAAAACAGUAUGGAGAAUUCAAGAUGGUUGUUUUCUCUGAAUAAACUGUGAACAUAAAAAAAAGAAAUCUCAAAGGAAGAGGGCCACUGUGUCCACAGUGAAGCCAUCUGUCUUGUAAAAGGAGAGUGUUGUUGUUGAUGUCACCUUUAGCAUUGUAAGAUGUACAGUGUGAAAUAAAUAUGCCCGUGCAAUGUGUAAAUAACAGCAUGAUGAUUACUAGUUUUGCUAUAUGAUAAAAAAUAAAAGCAAUUAUUUUAUUAAAGUUCAGUUUUUUAAUGGC